CGUCGAGCGCCAUUAGGACCCAGGCGCGGCGCGGGGGUGUGUCGCCGGCUCCGGCCGCUGGCCCGCCCGAGUCGCCGAGCUCGGGGUCCCGGAGAUUGUGGGUGAGGAGCCCGGGCUUGCGCGCGUGUGUGCAGCCGUCCGGCGGCCGAUCGCCGGAGCCAUGGCCGCGGCCACCCGGCGCAUGUUCCAUCUCCAGCCAUGCGAAUACUCCUCUGCUGUCAUGUCGCAGAACGGGUACCUUGAGGAUGUAGGCUACCUCAAGUGUGACAUGGAUGAAGCCUCUGAAACCCGUGAGGAGAGCCUGGGGGACGAGGCCUUCGACACGGUCAACUCCUCCAUUGUGUCUGGCGAGAGCCUCCGUUUUUUUGUCAACGUCAACCUCGAGGUGCAGCCCGCCCAGGCUGCCGAGAGUGAAGCGCCUGGCGGCUGCGGGCUCCUUCACACGUCCCGUAAGUACCUGAAGCUGAAGAACUUUGAGGAAGAGAUCCGGGCACACCGGGACCUAGAUGGCUUCCUGGCCCGGGCCAGCAUCAUCCUGAACGAGCCGGCCACCUCGCUGGAUGACGUGCUGCGGGCCAUGCUGGGCCGCCUGGCCCACGACCCCCACAACGCUGAGCCCGACUGCAAUCUGGACCUGUUCAUGGCCAUGCUCUUCACGGAUGCCGGGGCCCCCACGGAGGGGAAAGCCCACCUGCUGUCAGACACCAUCCAAGGGGUCACUGCCACGGUCACGGGGGUGCAGUACCAGCAGUCCUGGAUCUGCAUCAUCUGCACCUCCAAGGCCCUGUUGAAGCGGCACGUGUGCAUCAGCCGCCUGGUCCGCCCGCAGAACUGGGGGGAGAACUCCUGUGAGGUGCGCUUCGUCAUCCUGGUGCUGGCCCCGCCCAAGAUGAAAAGCACCAAGACUGCCACGGAGGUGGGGCGCACGUUUGCCACCAUGUUCUUGGACAUCACCUUCCGCCAGAAGCUCCUGAACACCCGGACGGAGGAGGAAUUCAAGGAGGCCCUGGUGCACCAGAGACAGCUGCUCACUGUGGUGAGCCAGUGCCCAGCCGUCGGCGCCAAGGGCUACAACGUGAACCCCAUCUGCAUACACAGAUCCCCACAGCCCCUGAAGCACAAGGACUUUCUCCCUGUGGGGAAGGGCAUCCGGGAGGACAUAGCCCGCAGGUUCCCCGUGUACCCACUGGACUUCACAGACGGCAUUAUCGGGAAAAACAAGGCUGUGGGCAAAUACAUCACUACCACCCUGUUCCUAUACUUCGCCUGCCUCCUGCCCACCAUCGCUUUUGGGUCCCUCAACGAUGAGAACACAAAUGGGGCCAUUGGUGCGCAGAAGACCAUGGCGGGGCAGAGCAUCGGAGGUCUCUUGUACGCGCUCUUCUCCGGGCAGCCGCUGGUGGUGCUGCUGACCACCGCGCCCCUGGCCCUCUACAUCCAAGUAAUUGGUGGCAUCUGUGACGACUACAGUCUGGACUUCAACACCUUCUAUGCGUGGACGGGCCUGUGGAACAGUUUCUUUCUCGCGCUUUAUGCCCUCUUCAACCUCAGUCUGAUCAUGCGUCUCUUCAAGAGGCGCGCGUCUGCGUGUGUGGUGGGCGGGCACGGCUCCAGGCCUGCCCACAGCGCGCCCCGCCCCCCGCAGGCCUCGUACCCGCCCACCCACUACAUCCGGAGGGUGCCGCAGAGGAAGAUCCACUACUUCACAGGCCUGCAGGUCCUGCAGCUGCUGCUGCUCUGCGCCUUCGGCAUGAGCUCCCUGCCCUACAUGAAGAUGAUCUUCCCGCUCAUCAUGAUUGCCAUGAUCCCCAUCCGCUACAACCUGCUGCCCCGAGUCAUUGAAGCCAAAUAUUUGGACGCCAUGGAUGCUGAGCACUGA